CAAGAAAGUAUAAUUAAAAUGAACAAAUCUAUUAUCAAACGGUUAUGUUUGGUGGUUAUGUUACUUGUCACUUAAUCUCUUAAUGGUUGUUUACACGAUGUAUUUAAUGAAAUGCAAACAUUAAUAGAUAUGUCAGAGCAUGUGGAGUUGCAACAUUUAGUGGAUGUAGAUGUGGAGAAUAACACAACAAAUCAUAAAAAAAAAUUUUCUAUUAAAUUGUGUAAAUCCUGUCCUUAUAUGGGUUUAGUAUUAGCGACACUCUCAUCUCUGUUCUUCUCAUUAUGUAGUGUUAUUGUUAAGAGCUUGGUAGAGAUAAAUCCAACAGAAAUGGCAAUCUUUAGAUUUUUAGGGGUAUUGUUACCAGCUAUACCAAUUGUGAUUUAUAAAGGUGAACAUCCUUUUCCAAAAGGAUGUAGAUUAACACUUAUUUUAAGAAGUUUCGUCGGUACAACAGGACUUAUGUUAAGUUUCUAUGCGUUUAGGCAUAUGCCAUUGGCUGAUGCCUCAGUUAUUGUAUUUUCUGUUCCUGUAUUUGUAGCAAUAUUUGCACGGAUAUUUUUGAAAGAACCUUGUGGGCUAUUCAACGUUGCUACUAUAUGUUUGACAUUGAUUGGUGUGAUAUUGAUAACACGGCCACCGUUAAUUUUUGGUCAUACCAUAGGAUCUCUCUCAGAUGGCAAUAUUAAGCCAGAACAUGCAGACUUAUGGGGUGCUAUCGCUGCGUUCUCAGCUACUUUAUUUGGUGCAAACGCGUAUGUUUUGUUACGCGCAUUAAAAGAUCUUCAUUUUUCUGUUAUAAUGACAAACUUUGGUUCAUUUGCUCUGAUUCAAACGACGCUUAUAUCAUGGGCAAUUGGCGCAUUAUGUAUGCCACAUUGUGGUACAGAUAGACUUUUAGUUGUUGCACUUGCACUGUUUAGUUUUGCAGGUCAAAUUUUAUUAACUUUAGCUCUUCAAAUUGAACAAGUUGGUCCAGUGGCCAUAGCAAGAUCCACAGACAUUGUCUUUGCGUUUUUUUGGCAAGUAUUAUUUUUUAAUGAAAUACCAAAUCGAUAUUCUGUAGGCGGAGCUAUAUUAGUCACUAGCUCAGUUUUGCUAACAGGAUUAAGAAAAUGGGCUCUCUCAUUACCAGAGACAUCAAAUAUCAAAAAAUCUCUUGGAAUCUUAAUGAUAUAAACAAUGUUUUUUUAUUUAGAGAAAAAAGGAACUAAUUAAUAUAGAUUGUAAAAAAGAAGCUCAAGAAGCAAUCAUAUAUAUAAAAAAUAUUGUUAUAAGUGAUAAUAAUUUAUACGCUUGUUUUAUAAUUUGUGAAUUUACAUGUACAAUGUUUUCUAAA